CCGCUUUGUUUCUUCUCCAGACCAAACUGAAGGAUCAGGAGAAAAAUGGAGUGUCUGUGGAUGGUGGGGUUUUUAGUACUGCUGCAAGUGUGGGAUUUCGGUUUGGUCGGAGCAACAGGUAAGAAGUGGAAGAAAAUUAAAGAGAACAUUUCUGAGGGUGUAAAAGCUUAUGUUCCCUGCAACCCUGUCAACUGUAGCUGCCAUCUGAGUGUCCUACAGCAAGAUUUGGGGCCCUUUGAAGGAGGAAUCUCUGAGGAGUUCAUGGCUACUACUGUCCAAAGAGGAGUGGGCACCCACUACCAGAUCAUUGGACAUAAGUUAUACAGAGAACACAACUGUAUGUUCCCUGCUAGGUGCAGUGGGGUGGAGCAUUUCAUCCUGGAGGUGAUUGACCGUCUACCUGACUUAGAAAUGGUAGUAAAUGUCAGAGACUACCCUCAAGUACCCACCUGGGUGCAACCAACCCUACCUGUCUUCUCUUUCAGUAAGACAGCGGAUUAUCAGGACAUCAUGUAUCCUGCAUGGACGUUCUGGGAAGGUGGGCCUGCUGUGUGGCCAAUAUACCCCACUGGACUAGGGAGAUGGGAUCUGAUGAUAGAUGACCUGCAAAAGUCUGCAGCACAGUGGCCGUGGAAGAAGAAAGAGUCCAAGGGAUUUUUCAGAGGUUCCAGAACCAGCCCAGAGCGUGACCCUCUCAUCCUUUUGUCCAGAGAAGCUCCAGAGCUGGUGGAUGCAGAAUACACCAAGAACCAGGCCUGGAAAUCUGAAAGGGAUACACUUGGGAAACCACCAGCCAAAGAAAUUCCACUUGUUGAUCACUGCAAAUACAAAUAUUUGUUCAACUUCAGGGGGGUAGCAGCUAGCUUUCGCUUCAAACAUCUGUUCCUCUGUGGCUCCCUUGUGUUUCAUGUGGGUGAUGAGUGGCAGGAGUUUUUUUACCCACAGCUGAAGCCGUGGGUCCACUACAUACCCAUCAAACAAGACCUCUCUGAUGUCAGGGAGCUUCUUCAGUUUGUUAAAGAGAAUGAUGCCAUUGUGCAGGAGAUCGCUGUCAGGGGUAAGCAGUUCAUCCUCAACCACUUGAAAAUGGAGGAUAUCUCCUGCUACUGGGAGAGACUCCUCACUGAGUUUGGUCAACUUCUCACCUACAAGCCCAAACGAAGGAGCAGCUACAACCAGAUUAUCCACAGACACAGAAAGACGGAGCUAUGAGCGGUUGUGCUGUACCAGGACAGGCGUAGUAUUAGAAUGUAAUUGCUGCACUCGCAUCGUGUGAUUUAUUCAACAGGAGAGCAGUGCUACAGUGCCUAGUGUGCCUCUUCCCGACAAAAAAGGACACUAUAUUUUUAGGUAAUUAAAAAUAACUAGCUAUAAAUGUGGCAUUAUGAGUAUUACAGAAAAAGAUUGAUCUCUUUAGGUCUCGUGUUGUUACUGGAGGAAUGAUUACAGGACAAAUUUCCAAUUUUAUAUCAAGAAAAUUCUACGUCCUUGCAGUACUGUCUCAUUUACCAGCACAUGCUCAACGCAAAUAACCUCGAUUUUAACAUCUCACUUGAAAUUCAAACAAGAUCAUGCACUUUUGUUGACACUGCCAUACCUUUACAUGCCAACACUGAGUAACACAAUGAGGGAAUAUGUUAUCAUUCACGUUGUAGUUUCAUUCAUUUUUUUAGUCUUUAGUGUAUAAAGCUAAAAAUAGUUUUUGAACGUAUUGGAAUUGUUGAAAAGUCAGGCCUCCUGUCAAACUGCUGAUCAGUGCUGCUUUGAUAAAAUUUCAGUUUAUGCAAAAGCAGUUAAUACAGAGGUAGCAGCGAUUCAGUGCCUUUUCAACAACACGACAGGCUGGUUAUGGAUAUGUAGUCAGUUAAUGUAUUGGGAAAAUUGUAUGUGAAUUUGUACAACUGUAAUUUACAUACAAUGUCAUUAUGUGGUUUUAAGUUGUGCCUCACCCUCAAAUCCUGCUCUAAGGUUUCAAACCAAAAUCAGCCCAAAUGCAAAUAAGAGUUAUGGCCCUUUUUUUUUUUUUAUACCAAGUUCAUGUGAUCUAUGUGAUUACAUCUCUGUUUGGGUCUCAGCUGUUACUUUAUAUAGUUGGUCAUUUCAUUGCAGUUUUGCUAUUUGAGUUUCAUUGCACUGCUCUGAGCUAAGUAAUUCAAGAAUCUCCUGUAUGCAACGUACAUGUGUUCUUGUCAUUUCCUAACAACAGCCAUAACCUAUAUAUGUAUAUUUUUUAAUUACAUGUAAGCACAAAAUAAUGACCCAUUCAAAACUUAUUUCCGCACUAAGUGCCAGCAUAUAUCAAGAAUGACUGUUGUAUUAAAUUUUAAAGUGUUGGUGUCAAAGGUUUAUGAAGCAUUUUGUUGCACGAUUGUACCUUUUGAGAGAAAUCUAUUUUGGAAGCAAUAAUAAUAAUAAUGGUGGUGGUGAUGUACAAUGUAUAUAGUGAAUAUGUUGUAAUAUUCACAUUGUCCUGUAAGCAGGCAGGUUUUUCUUAUUUUACCGGAGUAGAAAUGGUACAUCAGUGUUGAUUCGACCAAAAAGCUGUGAUCAUGUGCUUGGUCUGAGUCAUGUUUUCAUCGUUAAUUUCUUUUUUUUUUUUUUUUUUAAUAAACAGUUUGGAUUAU